AUAGAAAAAGUAUAGUUGAGCUGUGUACUCCAAAAGUUUCAUGUCUCUAUUCCAUUUUCAUCUCAACCAAUAGGUAGUUGCUUCAGUACUGUCAUGGAAUAUAAUAUAUGAUUAAAGAUAUCUCCAAGUAGUGUGUGAUAUUCAAGUCCAUUACUAUUAAACUGCAAUUUUGAUGAAGAUGAAAGAGAAGAAGAUGAAGAAGCUGUAUUCUUGGCCCAUAUGGGCUGAUCUUCCUGAAGAACUACUUGUUAAGAUCAGCAAGUGCCUCAAAUAUUCAUUUCAAGUUGGUCAUUUUCGUGCUGUUUGUACCUCUUGGAGAUCCGCAGUUCCAUUAUUUCCCCUUCAUAAAAGACUCUCAAUUGUCCCUAAAUACAUUGGCAGUAAAAAGCCUCAAAGUAAAUGCAUGAAUAGGUUAGUUUUCCGGCUUGAUCUUCAACAACUUCCACCUUCAUCACCGUCACCCACCAGUUAUUUGAUAGCUGUGGCGGAACAAUUCAACGGAGACGGCCAAAGCCAACUCCACCUAUUGAACCCUGUCACUGGAAGUCCUAUUCCUAUCUCCUCAAACUUGUUGUUUCCAAGAGAGAUUAAUUUGAACAAAUUUCGCGUUUCUAUACUGCAUAAAUCUUCCUUGAUGUUUCAUCCACACACAAAUCGCUAUCUUAUUGGUAAAGUUGUUUAUCUUUCCACCCUCCGACAAUCCUCUGACGGACGUAUUCCGAAAGCAGCUGCUGUUCUUGGAAGUGGAAAAGUGUCUUUGUUUACAAUUAAUACAAGAGAGAGAGUUAUCUUAAAUUAUUUGAUAGAUAGUCUUGUUAGAGACCAUAACCUGAAAAAGCCUUUUUAUCAUGAUGUGGUGAAGUAUAAGGAGAAAUGGUUUGCUAUUGAUCAAUAUGGGCGAGGAGUUAUGGUGGAUUCUUAUUCCAAAGUGAGUCUAGUUACAAAUCCUCUGUUUCAUCCAAACAGGAACGGUUACUUUCGUAAGCACCGAUCAUACUUGGUGAAAUCUUCAGGGGAUGCAGAUCUAUUUCUAGUGGACAGGUACUUGGACAAACUAUCUGAGCAAACAAAUUACGCUGAACAACAUGCUGCAACCUCUGAUGAUGAUGCAAAGCAACCAGAUUACGAUAUGGCAGUUAGAUUCAGAGUGUAUAAAUUUGAGGAAGAGGAACAUUAUUGGAAGGAAGUUACAAACUUGAAUGACCAAGUCAUAUUUGUUGGAGAUGAUGCAUCGUAUUGGUCCUACUGUGUGUCUGCUAAAGAUUUUCCAGGGUGCAGAGGAAAUUUAAUUUACUUCAUAGAUCAAUUCAGGAAAGCUGGGGAUGGAGAUCUCCAUGAUUUUUGGGAUGCGCUAAAACAUGAAAAUGACUAUUCACUUGGGGGAUUUGACAUGGAGAACGCGUUUAUUGGGCCAAUGGCAUGUUUCCCCGGUUACACUGAUUUUUUCUGGCCACCUCCUAGCUGGCUCAGCUGAGAUUUUCUCUCCAAUGACAUGGUUGAUUCUGCAUAGAAGAAGGAAGUGGGUUUGCCAUUGGAAGUCCCAAUAACAUACUGUUAGACACGUAAACUACUUGAUCUAACUACGUGCAGAUAUGUCAAGGACUUGGGCAUUGGUCUUGACAUGAAUGAGGGCAAAACAGUGCAACACAGGUUCAAGGUGCUUGGGUGUUGGCAAGGCAACUUGAACAUGCAAGGCUUACGUGCGGGCUAGAGUCAUCGGCAAGGCAGCGUGUUGGCUUGACAAGGCAAAACUGUGAAGACUUGAUGAUGGCAAGAACAAAGGCAUUUCACGUGAAUUGCUGAAAUAAAACUAAGUGUUGGAGGGCAGCUAAAAUAUUCUAAGUGUUGGAAGCUGACUGAAAUAUUCUAAGUGUUAGAAUGUAGCCUGAAAUAUUCUAA